AUGGCUUCUCGUUGGGCUGCACAAAUGCAAGAUAUACUGAAAAAAAAUUCUACUGAUGAACUUGGAAGCUGUGAGUCUUUCGAUCGAUCUUUAAGAAUUCCGAAGACAAAUCUUGUCGAUAUUUCCGCAGAACAAGAAGCAUCAUGGCUGAUCUCAGCAAUACCUGAAUUUUCCGUUUUAGUAGAGGCACGGAAGGCCUCGGAUAUUGUAGUGUGUCUGCGGGAUUUGUUGUCCAGAGUUGAUUCUCUUGUUUACUCACUUCAGGAGGAAAAGGAACACUCGCGUAGCCUUUCAGCCGCCAUGGACCAAAUUGCAGCAGAUAUUUUGGAUGAAAAAGAACGAUCGGACAGCUUAUUUGGUACUAUAGCGGAUAUUAAUCAGCAGUUGGAGAAAACCAAGGCCGACUUUGAUGAACAAAUUCGCAAACAGGAAGUGGCAUCUUCAGUAGAAUUGAUUGCCGCGCGCCGUGCUGAAGGGCGUGCACUUGAGGCAAAGCGUCGUGCUGAGGAACAGCUGGUGUUGGUUGAGACAGAGUUAGAGGAGGAAAGAAUGGCAUUACGCAAGCUUCGGGAUAACUACGGUGAACUCAAAAUCGAGGCUGAACGCCUUACAAGGCUUACAGGUUCUAUUUCUGAUGCCAAUCAAGCAUCCCAACAGGAUUGGCGUGCUACGGAGGCUGAAAACACUGAUACAAACCACCAGAUUGGGUUACGUGAUGAUCAAUUGGAGGUCCUAGAACAAGCCCAAAUACUUCAAAUAUCAACUCUUCAAGCUGAGCUGCUUCAAAUGAGAAAAAUGGUCCGUGAGGCAGAGUCAAGGGAAGCUGUUUUGAACCAAAAAAAUCGUGUACAAGAGCAGACUUUGGCAGAACAGCAUGAAGAAGUCCACAAGACCGCCGCGCUGCUUAUGGAUUUUGACCAGCUCCAGUCUGAAUAUACGGACUUGCUAAAUAGGUAUAAGAACCUUGUAGAGAGCAGCAGUACUACUGAAAUAAGUACGAUAGAAGAACUUAAACAGCUUCGUCGUCAAGUUCGCCUGCUGGAGACUGAACUUGCAGAGGAAAAAGCACACACCAGGGCCAUUGAACUUGCUAAAAAUACACCUGAUCUGGAGGCAAUGCUGCGUCAAGAGGCCCUUGGUGAGACUUUGACAGGUCUUUCAACGCAUCUUGCUGCAGUGCAGGCACAGUACGCACGACCAUCUGUCACCAACUCUGCUUCUCCGAAUGAUCAUUCCUUCUCCGGGGAGGUGCCUAAAAGCAACGAUGACGUCUCAGGUUCGGGCGUUGCCGUAGGGAGUAAUGAGGAUGACACUAUAUUUAGAACUCCUAACCCAUCCAUCGAUCUUCUUCAUUCUCGUAUCACGCAGCUUGAGAGCUCUAUCAAGGAAAAAAAUAAGAAAGUGGAAAAAUAUGCUGCUGAUAUUCUUCGCCAACAGACUGUGAUUGAAACCUUGGAGGAUAAUCUCACAAACAAACUUACCACGUUGGAUCGUACAGAGCAACUAAAUGAGCAGUACCUUUCUACAAUUGACGCAUUAACACGCAGUAGUAAGGCACUUCGUGCUUCCGCACCGGUUCGAUUGGUUGUAGAAAAUACUAAAACAGCGGCUUAUGCAUCUGACAAACAUUCAAACAGGUCACGACGUUCGGCUCUGAGGACCACGAGCGGUGAAGAUGCUUCAAGGCCAGGUCUCUCACCCCUUCCGCGUACGCCGCAGCAGUUCGUUGUCGAAACGAGCUCUGCGCAGAGCGAUGCUACAGAAAGCGAUGAUGUUAGUGUACCAUCUAAGUCUAUAAUGAAAGUAGUAUCACCAACCAUUUCCCCGAAAAAGAAAUCCACCGGGGCUCGAUCACGUCCCAGGCUUGAGCUUGACAAAGAUAACCUCAAUAUUGGAGGCGUAGAAAAAGGUCACCGAAGGUCGAAUAGGAGGAGUGAAAGUCAAAGCAACAGUGAAAGCCCACGUGUUUCCACCACAACCUCAAGGACCUCGAACUUAGCUCUUCAUACUUCAUCGGCGCGAAUCCUGACAAAACGGAAACGUGGACGUACGAUUUCUUGA